GGCUCCAGCGCCCCCCGCGACCCUUGUGAGGAGAAAGCGGAUCGGAAAAUGAAUGAAUGAAUGUUUAAGUGGAGCACACAAAACAAGAAUCAGGCAUACCGACAAGGAGUUGAACAUUAUCAAUCCGUUAAAGAAAAAAAAAAAGAUGUCAUCAUUCCGGUGCCCUAUGAGACAACGUUUCUGCUCAUACUAAUCGGGGUCACCCAGGGCGUUGCAUUAGUCAAACAAUCUCAGUUUAUUUUGCAAGCAGCAAUUUAAAUGAGAUGAUUUGAGGUCAAACUCCAACCUGUGAGGAAUCAGCAGCAAGCAACCAAACUGCAUCCAGGUUAUCUAUCACCAGAUCUUCACCAUUAACUUGCGGUUGGGAAUCGCAUGACAAAGGAUGACAAUCCCUUGACUAUGCCAUUACAAAACAAUUAGAUGACUUUCAAGAGCGAUUAAGCCAGAGCCAUGCAGUUGAAAAGACGCCACUGUUGGACUCAGUCGGCCAAACAGGCCUUUUGCCUCUUACUGGUAGCUCUGCUGAUCUUUCUGCUGCGUCACAUUUGGCCAAAUAUCACAGCAGGCAAUUCAGGGCCGUCCAAAGUUGAAGGACUUCAAACAGACAAAUCAAUCAUGAACACAAGCAUUUCUAUCUGGACGACACUCUGGACCUCCUUUGAGAGUGGCACAGCUUUGGAAACACCUAAGCUCGCCACGACCAACCAAAGCGAGGUGGGACACUUGAAUGACACCGAAAUCCAGGGCCUUUUCCCUUACAUCAUCAACGAACCGGUCAAAUGUCGACAGAAUCUUACAGCGCCAUUUUUGGUGUUCAUAAUAGCCACAGAGGCCUUGCAGGUGGAAGCAAGAGACGCGAUACGACAGACCUGGGGGAAUGAGCAUUUGAUCCGAGGCGUGCCAGUCGUCCGAAUCUUUCUGCUGGGAAAAGACGAGGGUGAGGCAGUAAGCCGCCAGCAACAGAUGCUCCAGGAAGAAAGUCGGAAAUAUCAUGACAUAAUUCAGCAGGACUUCUUGGAUUCGUACAACAACCUGACCCUAAAGACCUUGAUGGGCCUCCACUGGGUGGCACGGUACUGCUCACGGGCCAGCUACGUCAUGAAGACGGACAGUGACAUGUUUAUCAACACAGAGAACCUGAUUCGGAAGCUGCUCAGACCAGAGCUAAAGCCCAAGACGAACUAUUUUACCGGAAGAGUCAUUCGCAAUAAUGCACCCAUCCGGGACAGAAAGAGCAAGUGGUAUGUUUCCGAACAGGAGUACCCAAAUGUGAUGUAUCCCACCUUCUGUUCUGGGACGGGCUACGUGCUCUCCGGAGACUUGGCUCUGAAAAUUUACACAACAUCUCCGAGUGUGCGCCAGCUGCACCUUGAGGAUGUGCAUGUGGCACUGUGUGUGGCCAAGCUUGGCUUGGAGCCCAUCGACCCACCCAGUCAUUUUCUGUUCAACCACUGGCGGGUGCCGUUCAAAGGAUGCGACUACUAUCGUCUGUUAACGUCCCAUGGCUUUCAGCCCUGGGAAAUAAUUCAAUACUGGAGUAUGAUGCUUAGCGACAAGACAAAAUGUGCAACCUCUUUAAACUAUUCCAGCUAAAUCCAGUAAUAACUCUUCUUACUUUCAUAUCACUAAGAUGAUUUUUUUUAAUUGCUAAACAGAUGUGUGUAGUGCAUUAUUUUUAGGUUUGCAAGACAAAUUUGACAUAUUAAGAUACAAUGCAAUGUGAAAAAGAAAAUGGGGGGGGGACACGUAGGCACACAUUUACACACACAAUGACUCAAGUUUUUGGGAGGUGAUGACUUGAAUCGUUAGGAGGGGCAGGGCAAGAUCAGAUUUUGCUUGCUUCUGCCCCUUCUCAAACUUAAUUUGUAUUUCUAUGUGGACUAAGCCAUAUUUUGUAACGUCUUUAUUUUUUGUGUUUUUUUUUUUUUUAAUAAAUGUAUUUUGACUGUUUGAGAUAAAGCUCAAAUCAAUUCAACCUAAGAGGAAGCAUGACAAAAAAGACAUUUGUCCCUUAAAUCUGAGAAAAUGGACAGAGAGUACCUACUCGUCUCGAAUUCAGUUGUCAUUUUUAAAGAAACAUUCGGCGUGAUGCAAAAGACCCAAUACGAUUUCAUCAAACGAAGGUCUGAUCCGAUCAAAUAUCACAUCAGCCGACAGGAAUGGCAUAACAAUAUAUGUCUGCCAUUAGAACGGUAUCCCUCAACUAUUUUGAUUUGCUGUCAAUCAUGUGAUGUGAACGAGUGCUCAAAUGAUUUUAUCUUGGCAAGCAUGCGUCAUCCGGCAUGGUCCCGUCCGAUGCUGAAACCAACAUUACGGCAGUCAUCGGGAUUGAUAAUCGUGUAGUUGAUUUAACUCAGCUCACACGUGACCAGCGCAGGAGUCACUUUAACGCGUAAUAAGCACACCAAACUUUUUGUCAAGACCAAUCAAUUUACGAUCAAUCCAAUACAACAGGGGUGUCACUCAUUUUUUGUCGCGGGCCACAUUAUAGUUCCCGGUUUCCUUGGAGGGCUGGUAUGACUGUGAAACCAUAUAAGGAAGUCAAGAAUAAUGGUUUAUUCAGCUGUAGUUUAAGUUAUUGUAAUGAGGAAUUUGGUAAGAAGAAAAUGCUUUGAAUAUAUAUAUCUGUGAUUUAUUUCAUAUGAGAAUCUAAAAUUUUGGUUAAAAUUUUAGCAAGCAUCAUGGAAGUCAACAUGUUUGAUUUGCUUUCGCGGGCCACAUCAAACGAUGUGGCGGGCCAGAUCUGGCCCCCUGGCCUUGAGUUUGACACCUGUACAAUACAAGAACCGUUUGCUCAUGCAAAAACAUGCUGGAGCAAAUGAGACUACGCACAAAGAUAUGAACAGCUGCUGCUUCGGACAGGUUUUAUGAUGUGGGGGUAAUCCACGUUGAUUAGGUCUGAUUUCAACCAAGUGAAGGUCAAAUAUGGUGACAUGCAACCUUUCUGACCCAAUAAAGUGAAUGCGUUAAACAACGACCUCACUAACAUUUUCAACAGUUUUGGUGUUCUGCAUCAAGUUAGAUUGGAAG